AGAAAAUAAGAGUGUAUGUUUUUGUUCUGGAGCAGAAAGGCGUUCUCCUGUCUCAGGAUGUUGCCUUUAAAGCCGAAGAAGUGGGUUUCCUGUGGAGGAAGCGAUCGCUGAAUAGACGAGACUCUGUCCAGACAAAUUGUUCCCAACAUCUCAUGAACGCGGGUCACCCAGCCGCAGCGGGGAAGGACACUGCGCGAGGGAAAGUCGGUCCCAGUGCUUUGAGGGGUGUUUGCUUCCAUUCAUGGAUCCAGGAUAUUUUGGAGGUUUGAAGGUCUUCAUGAGGACAAACACUGAGGGUUUAAAAGGUGGACUAGACCCGUGAGCGUCAAACAAUGGACUCAAGAUAAACAAAUGCGUGAAGCUCGCAGCAAAACAGACUUCUAUUUUAAAAGGGUGUGGUUCUCCGAGUGCCGGUCGGUGCCUGGUUGAGGUCACGUCUUCUCAUGUCAGGGGCUUGAUCACCAGAGACAUGUCCAAUGACACCUGUGACCUCCCUCUGGACACGGACACACUCGGCCUGACUUGCAUCUAUGGCCUCAUCUUCUCCCUGGGGCUCCCCAGCAACCUGCUGUCUCUCUGGGGACUGUACCACCUGGGCCGUUCGGGUGGGGGGGGCUGUCAGCUGGUCUACAUCCUCAACCUGCUGCUGUCGGACCUCCUCCAGCUGCUCACGCUGCCGCUCUGGAUGCUCUACCUCCAAGGCGCGCACCGCUGGCCCUACGGACAGCUCACCUGCGAGCUGGUGGGCUACGUCUUCUACGUCAACGUCUACGCCAGCGUCAUGUUCCUGUGCCUGAUAGCGCUGGACCGCUGCCUGGCCAUCGUGUGCCCGCUGAGCAGCCGCGGCGUGCGGACCGUCAGGGUGGCGGCCGUGUCGGGCAUCGCGGUGUGGACCCUGACCUUUCUGUUCUGCCUGAGCGGGCUGCUGCCGUCGGUGUUCGACCCCGACCGGCUGCUGUGCUUGGAGCAGUAUCCCGUCAGCCCCAAAUACGCUCACUUCAAGAUCGCCACCGUGCUUCUGGGCUUCCUCCUGCCGUGCACCAUACUUGGAUACACUUCAGCCCACAUCGGCGUGACACUCCAACGAUCCCCAUCCGUCUCCGACCAAGAGCGCCACAAAAUCGUGGGAAUCCUGGUGGUGAUCACCAUCAACUUCAUCGUGGUGUUCGGACCCUACCACCUCAUGUGCGGAUACAGAUUCGUGUCUCUGCUGUUGACGGACGAGCCGUGCGCGUUCGAGCGCUCCAUCUUCCUCGUCUACCGCCUGUGCUACGGUCUGACCAGCCUCAACACCCUGCUCGAUCCCCUCUUCUACAUCUUCCUGUGCUCCGACGCACGCCUGGAGCUGCAGCGGUCCCUGCCCUGUUUGGGAAGAGGGCAAAACGCCCGGAAGAGCCUGACCCUGAGUACCAGAGCUCACCCACACACCCAGAGGGAGUGUGAGACGGGACACAACACCCUCCUGGAAAUUUAACUUCGGUUUGACACGUCUGACUCCUGAUGUUUAGUCGAUGCAAUUGCGCCACCCAGUGGAAAAAUGUGUCCAGUUUUUACAGCAUAUAAGCUUUUCCCUUCAGUAAAUCCACUCACACCAUACAUUCACAGUUUUUCAUGAUCAUCUUUAUGCUGCUUGAAGUAAUUCAUAAAAAAGAACAGCUUUUUUUAUGAGUACACCGUGAAAUAAACUUUGCUUGCAUAAACUCAACAGUAGAAACACAGAAAUCCAGGUUUCAAUUUCCAUCAAAGCUGAUAUUACAAACCCAAUGGAGCAUGGAGGAUGAUACUCAAAAGAUGUAUUUAUUGCUUUUUUCAAUGCAUGGAAAUAAAGAAUUGUUUAAUAUUCCCACCUUAACUUGACUGAUAUGUUUACAACAAUGUAUAAAAUGUUUAAGUAGGAUUUCAUUUCCAAAACUGGAAUUGCUGUGCAUUACAGGGAAAGCAUAAAUGUGUAGAAAAAAAGAAAAAAAGAGGAUUUUUUUGCAGCAUGCACUUUUACAGUAACGUCUCCCAGAAAUCAAAUAAUAAAGGAAUAAGUACAGUCAUUAUGAAUUUAUUAUUUACCAAAAUGCAUUUUUUUUUUUUUUUUUUUAAAUGAAACAUUUUAAUUAAAUCCAAAAUCAGAGUAAGUUCCUUCUGAAGUACAGCCUGACGGGAAUAUAAAUACACUUCAUUGUCUGUCUGUUAAUGGGAGACUGAGAGGGGCAAUGGUCAACACUGUAUAUUUUAUUUUGUUAACUACAAUGGCUGAUAUGUCAAAAAUGCCAUGCUUACGUUUUGUCUUAAAUAAGGAUUACAAACAACUUGUAAUUGUUUUUUUUUGUUUUUGUUUUUUUUUUGUAUUUUCUUUUUUUCAGAAAUUGCCGAAAUUGACCUGAUAAAUGAGCAGAGGUGAUUGAUGCAAAUUUGCUUUUUGAGUUGGGUUUGCAUAACAAAGAUUCCAAAUUAUUGAGCACUCUGGUGAGUGUGUGUGUGUGUGUGUGUGUGUGUGACUGAUAAUAAUACACAAUAUUUCAGGAAGUUAAAAUGUGCUAUGUAAUGAAGUUCAUUUGCAUGAAACAAUUGGAUUUUCAAACAAACUUCAAUUUGUUGAAAUUCACUCAUUUGUAGCUUUGACUUGUUUUGCAUGACCCCCCCCCCCCCUCCCCCCUCCCCCCUCCCCCAUAAU